AUGAGGGAUGCGGUAAAGCGGAAGGAUGCCAAGGUGGGGGAGAACAAGUUCCUGAGCUCGCCGGGGGAGAUCAUAAAGCGGUUCAUCAUCAAGGUCUUCUGGGCAGACGAAGAGGACUAUAUCAGCGACCACGACGAGUGGUCCUUGGAGCCGUCCAAGAAGCGAGCCAAGACGGAGGACAAUGAUGGCCUGUCGCCUCUGGGUUGGAAACCCCCCAAGCCCUUGGCACGUGGAGGGGCGACGAAGGAGGCGGAGACACUCGAGCACCCUCCGGACCACGAGGAAAAAAACGGAGACGAUGCCGCCGUCGCCGUGGACGGAAUCGAAACACCACCCUUCACGGAGGAGGAAGACACCUUGCUGUGGGGGCAGGGAGAGACCAAGUUCGACCUGGCUAAGAGCAGGUUACACGCCUGGCUCGACAGGAUCCACUACAUGGUCCUACCACACCCGCCGCUCGACCAGCUCGUGGACAAGCUGGGAGGGCCUAACGCGGUGGUGGAGAUGACGGGACGGCAAGACAGGAUGGUCAAGGCGGACGACGGCAAGGUGUAUCUCGAGAAACGAGACGCUAACAACACCGCCGGCAUUGACGAACAGAACAACUUCGAGAGGGCGGAGUUUAACGAGGGCAGGAAGCUGGUGGCCAUAAUCUCCGACGCCGCCUCCGCUGGGGUCUCCCUUCACGCGAACCGGACGCGUCCGGAAAACCCGCGACGAAGUUCCUGCCGUGCUCGUUCCUCCUGA